CAUGCUCCUCCUUUUCCUCCUCCUCUUUCUCCUCCUCCUCAGGGCCCCAGUCAGGCCGAUCCGCUCCGCUCACGGGUUUAGGAUUAUCUGACUUUCAACUAUACAGGAUUGCUGACUGCUGAUAGAAAGGUCCUCAUGGAACAAAAUGCACCAUGGAAGUGGCUUUGUUAAAUUCCAUGAGGAAAAAUAAAUAAUAUAUCUCCCAACUAUAUUGAAUAGAAAAAGCCCCGAGGCAUGUGGGAUCUUAGCUCCCUGACCAGGGGUUGAACCCACACCCCCUGCAUUGGAAGGCGAAGUCUUAACCACUGGACUGCCAGGGACGUCCUCUCACAUUUUCCCUUUUAUGUUAAGUUAAUCAUAUCUGGUUUUGGUGUUGCCAACUUCUUGGAAGGAAAAGAGAGAUAACUUGCUGCCUUGUGUGGAGUCACAUGAUGAUCAAAAUUAGAUCCAAGAAUUUCUAAAUGACCCAAGUUUCAUGUUUCAAUAUUUGGCUUUACUUAAAGUGACUCAUAAAAUUGACUGAUUAUCUUGUGUCGGUACUUAAAUGACAAUUUACAGAAAGUCAGCUCUUCAACUUGAUUGGCGACAACCCUUUUCACCCAAAAAAUAAAUCAAAAAUGGCAGAACUCUUUAUGGAAUGUGAAGAAGAAGAGUUGGAACCAUGGCAGAAGAAAGUAAAAGAGGUUGAUGAUGAUGAUGAUGAUGAGCCGAUCUUUGUCGGAGAGAUAUCAAGUUCAAAACCAGCAAUUUCAAAUAUUUUGAAUAGAGUAAACCCCAGCUCAUAUUCGAGGGGAAUAAAGAAUGGUGCGCUCAGCCGAGGUAUUACUGCUGCAUUCAAGCCUACAAGUCAACACUACACGAACCUAGCGUCAAAUCCAGUGCCUGCCUCGCCAGUAAAUUUUCAUCCUGAAUCUAGAUCUUCAGAUAGUUCUGUUAUUGUUCAGCCUUUGUCUAAACCUGGCUAUGUAAUGAAGUCAUCACGAGUUGUUUCGAAUAAUUCUUCAGAGUUACUGUUUGACUUGACCCAGGAUACAGGAUUACCACUUUACCAAGGAGGACCAACACUUUCUAUAGCAGGUAUGAAUGAAAGUUCAUUUUUAUCAAAACGUCCUUCUACUUCUGAAGUAAACAGUGUUAAUCCAAAAAAGUCUAAACCCAGUGAAGGUGUUUCUGGAACAAAUUCCUCAGCUGUAUUUUCUUCAGUUAAAUCUCUUUCAGUGACAUCUCCCCAGGCUAUGCCGUCAAAAGGUACAAAUAUCUCAUCAAAUCAAUCUAAAAAUGGAACACCUUUUCCAAGAGCUUGUCCAAAGUGCAAUAUUCAUUUCAAUCUUUUGGAUCCUUUGAAAAAUCACAUGAAGUACUGUUGUCCAGACAUGAUAAAUAACUUUUUGGGACUGGCUAAAACAGAAUUUUCAAGUACAGCAAAUAAAAGUAAGACUGUUGAUUCAGAAAAAGGAAAACUGAUCAUGUUAGUUAAUGACUUUUAUUAUGGAAAACAUGAAGGAGAUGUCCAGGAAGAACAGAAGACUUACACAACCUUUAAAUGCUUCAGUUGCUUGAAAAUUCUGAAAAAUAAUAUUAGGUUUAUGAACCACAUGAAACAUCAUUUGGAACUUGAGAAGCAGAGCAGUGAAAGCUGGGAAAACCACACCACCUGCCAGCACUGCUACCGUCAGUUUCCCACACCAUUUCAACUGCAGUGUCACAUUGAAAGUACACAUACCCCCCAUGAAUUUUCUACCAUUUGCAAAAUAUGUGAAUUAUCAUUUGAAACAGAGCAUAUUCUUUUACAACAUAUGAAGGACAAUCAUAAACCUGGUGAAAUGCCAUAUAUUUGCCAGGUUUGCAAUUAUAGAUCAUCAUCAUUUUCUGAUGUAGAAACUCAUUUUAGAACAUCCCAUGAAAACACUAAGAACUUGCUAUGUCCGUUUUGCCUCAAAGUUAUUAAAAUUGCAACACCCUAUAUGCAUCAUUACAUGAAGCAUCAGAAAAAAGGAAUACAUCGUUGUACAAAAUGCAGACUACAGUUUUUAACAUGCAAAGAGAAAAUGGAUCACAAGACUCAGCAUCAUCGGACAUUUAUAAAACCUAAACAACUAGAAGGAUUGCCUCCAGGAACAAAAGUUACUAUUCGAGCUUCAGUUGGCCCUCUUCAAUCAGGAUCUUCAACUACACCUACCAUUAGUGCAAGCACUUCUACCCUUCAGCUCUCACCUCCAAGGACUAAAAAUAUAACUGCUAAAAAUCCCACAAAAUCUAACACAAGUAAACCUAAUAUAACUAAAUCCAUUGCAAAUAAACCUAAUGCAAGUAAGCCUAAUGGAAGUAAAUCUAAAUACAAAUCAAAAAUAUCUAAUAUGCAAAAGAAACAAAGCACAUUGGCUAGUAGCAAUAAAAAAAGUAAAGUCAAUACAGCACUGAGGAAUUUAAGGUGUCGUCGGGGAGUUCACAAGUGCAUUGAGUGUUGUUCUGAAAUAAAAGAUUUUGCAAACCAUUUUCCUACAUAUGUCCACUGUAGUUUUUGCAGAUACAACACUAGCUGUAGCAAAGCCUAUGUGAAUCAUAUGAUGAGCUUUCAUAGUAAUCGUCCAAGUAAAAGGUUUUGUAUCUUUAAGAAGUAUUCAGAAGAUCUCAGGGGCAUUACUCUAGUGUGCCUUAAUUGUGAUUUCCUAACUGAUGUUUCUGGCUUAGAUAAUAUGGCUACACACUUAAGUCAACAUGAAACUCAUGCUUGUCAAGUUGUAAUAGAGAAAGUUUCUGUUUGUAUCCCAACUUCUGAACAUCUUUCUGAAUUAAAAAAUGAAGCUCCCACUAAGGAACAAGAACCUGUGUCUGAGGAAAUUGCAAGACCUAAUAUGGCUGAAGGAGAAAUAGAAACAUCAAAUUCUGAAAGUAAACAAGAUGAAGCUUCUUCAGAGGAAAUAAAAAAUGGAUGUGAUGUGCAUUUAUUCGAAGGCUCAUCAACAACAAAAAGUGAAGAAGGUGUAUCAGGUUCAGAUAAAGAAAAUGAUACCUGUCUUGAAGACCAGGAAACUGGCUCAAAGAAUAUCUUCAAUUUUGAUUCAAUUAUUGAUGCAGAUAAGUUGGAAAAGGAAAAACAAAUAGAGCACAUUUGUCAUGAAACAGAGUUGAAGAGGUGCCAAAGUUCAGAAAACCUCAUUGCACGUGAUCAGAUUGAAGAUCGCAAUGCCAGUGAAGCUAGAUUUUCUUCGAAGAAUAUUAUGGAUUUGCAGUUAACAUCUGGUGAUGUUAGCAUUGAUCAGUUUCUGAGAAAGAGAGAUGAACCUGAAUCUGUUAGUUCUGAUGUUAGCGAGCAAGGCAGUAUUCAUUUGGAACCUUUGACUCCAUCAGAAGUGCUUGAGUUUGAAGCCACAGAGAUUCUUCAGAAAGGUAGUGGUGAUCCUUCAGCCAAGACUGAUGAAGUAGUGUCUGAUCAAACAGAUGAAGUUCUUGGAGAAAAUAGCCUUAGCACAACAGAGACAACAGGAGACCUGGCAGAUGAAAAAGAAAGAAGUUGAAAUUAAUUAGGCAUUCUAAGUUUUAGUGUACCAACGAUAAGAGCAUUUGGAACAGUGCUAUCAGGUGAGCUCAGUGGUGCUGUUGCAGAGUGCAGAGAUAGAAAAAUGUGAGGGAGGUCAUUCAUACACUUUACCUGUAUAUUCAACCUAGGUUAUUAAAUCAAUUCAUCAUUAAUAGCAUGAUUAGUAUGAAUUUCCAAGAAGUUUUUAAGACAUGAAUAAGAUUUUAAUGAAAGUUAAGUUUGCAAUGAAAGUCUCAUUUAGCAGUUUUCGAGGUUAUGGAACCU